GCCUGCUAGUGCCUGGCAGGGAAGCGUUAAAAGGGACUUACGGCUAGCAGGAGUCUUUCUUCAACGGUGGAGCUUCAGGUUCCACUUCGGUCCUAACCGUCUCUCUCUUAAGGCAAACAAAGGGUCAUGGCUCCGUCUGCAAUCAAGUCCAACCCAACUCAUUUACCCACACGCUUUCUAGGGCACCAUGUAUGACGACGAUGACACCACGUUUUCGCUGGUGUCAACAGCGUCGGUGACGGAUGCGACGAGCGUCACGACGCGGACAGAGCUCGAGAAUGCGGAUGAAGACAUCGAUUUUGCGGGCAUCGACGACGCCACCAGCGACUUCGAGAGCGGCUGGGAGGUUUCAUCAGGGCCAUCCACCUCCGUGCCCCCGAGUGUAUACGAAGACGAGAUCGCCUACGGCCGGCGCUAUCAUGGCUUUCGCAGAGGCAUCUAUCCCAUGCCUAACGAUGAGGUUGAGCGUCACAGAGAGGAGACAGUCCACGCCCUAUUUCUCCAGCUAAUGGGCGGACAUUUGUUCUAUGCCAACAUUGGCGACCACCCCCAGAAAAUCAUUGACAUCGGAACUGGCAUUGGAAUUUGGCCCAUAGAUGUCGCUGAUCAGCAUCCAAGUGCAAGUGUCAUUGGCACUGACCUUUCACCAAUACAACCAUCAUGGGUGCCUAUCAACGUGCGCAUGUUUAUCGAAGAUAGCGAGGAGCCCGAGUGGCUCCACGGAUCAGAUUUCGAUCUUGUACACUUCCGACAAAUGACUCAUGUUUUUCGAAACCUUCAGGGCCUUCUUACCAAGAUAUAUCCACAUGUCAAGAACGGUGGCUGGGUGGAAUUCCAUGAACUCAUCUUUGAAAUCCGAUGCGACGAUGGAUCUAUGAAAGAAGACGACCCCCUUCGAAUGUUCAUCGAGACGAUGAAGAAUGGCUUGCGAGUUUACGGCAUCAAUAUCCUUACCAUAAAUGAGCUCGAGCAGAUUCUUGGAGAAGCUGGAUUCACAAACGUCCACUGCAUCACAAAAAAGGUGCCGAUAUCGACCUGGCCGCGCGACAAGACACUGCGGGCUCUAGGCGUCUUUAUGAAAACGACCAUUCACGACUCUCUUGGAGCCAUGGCAGCGAAACCCCUGGCAGCCCUCAACCUCUCCCCUGCACAGCGAGUGGCUAUGCUGGAAGCAGCGCGAGAAAGCCUGGAUGACACCUCUAUUCAUCGCUACAUCAACUGCUGUGUCUGCUACGCGCAAAAGAGAGAAGGCCACUAUGCCGAGUCCCUCUACUGAGCUGCAUCGGCGUACUUUGCCUCUGCUUUCCUUCUACGGUGUUUGCUAUGACUUUGAACACUGGACUUUUUCCUUCUCGGAUGGGAAACUCAAUCUUUAACAGGGCUUACGCCCUUGACUGGCACUAUGAAAGUGAUUGACCUGUUUUAUCUUAUUUACUUUACUUGCACGGAGUUGUUACGGGAUUUUCUAUUAGAGAUUGUGUAUAUGGCUUAUUGCUGGCAUCAAAAAGCUUUUUCGAGUCUGCGUUCGAAUUUUACUUUAUAGGGGGUGGACUUGUCCCUUUCUUCUGGUCUACAUUGCAUAUCUUUGAUAUAUAUAUACUAUAUAGUAAUACCCUUGGCACUGCAAUGCCGUUUAUAAGACUUCAUUUCGCA